CCCCCUUUUUUCUCAUGAAGAUAACCUGUCAACAACGAAUUCCUUAUUGUUGAGUGCGUGAAAUAUGGUGCAAAUUUAGUGAAAUUAUGGCACCUGUUACGAAUGGAAAAUCAAUUAAACCUAAUGAAAAAUGCGAUUCAGCUCGACAGAAGCAAAUAUUGUCUGCAAGAGAGAAAGUUUUAAAAAUAAAACGCAGCAUUUUAAAAAUUGUUGAAGCAUUGCUUGAAGAAGAUGUAUCUAAAGAAUGGUUAGCUAAUUGUACAAAAUUAUGCCAAAAUGAUUAUGAUGAUGUCAUACAAGAAAGGAGCAUUGAACAUAUGUGUGGUUAUCCCUUGUGCUCAAAGCGUAUUACACAGGUGCCUAAACAAAAGUAUCACAUAUCUAGAUUUUCAAAUAAAGUAUAUGACUUGACAGAAAGAAAGUGUUUUUGUAGUAAUGCAUGUUACAAAGCUUCAAAUUUCGUGAAAGCUCAGCUGUCACCUGUGCCUUUGUAUAUGCGGAAAGAAGAAACUAUUGUAGUUAAUCUUCUUUCUGACUGUGACAAUAAGGGCAGUGCAGGAGAAGAAAUACUUUUUCACCACAAAAUUGAUGAAAGUGAAAUUGAAAAAGUAUAUACAGAAAAGCGUGUGACCAAUAAUUUAUCUGAUAUCUUAAAAGAAGAAAUAAAAAAGUGUUCAGAUAAACUUUCUGAUUUGAAAAUAAAGGAAAAUGUCUAUAAAAAUCCAUAUGUAUUUGCUGAUCCAGCUGAAGAAAAUCAUGCUCUUCAUAAUGAUGACAACAGUAAUUCUAAUUCAAGUGCUUCUGAUGAGGGUUCCGAAGAAAGUGAUGAAGACAAGAAACUUUUUCCUGAUUAUGACAAUAUGAAAGUAUUAUCACACAAGCACAUGCCCAUACCUCAAAAGACUUCAAAAACUAAGUUAAUAUCUCCUAUAAAACCUACUGAAGUAUCAAAGGCACAGUUAAAUAACAUGCCAAUUGAAUUUAUUCAGAGAGUCUUUCAAGACUGGAUUACAGAAGACACCAUGAAGUACAUUCUUGGUGAAAAGCAGAUAUAUUCUAUAAAAGCUGAUCUUUUGUUUCAGAGUAUGCAUAACUCCAGCUCUUAUGAUACAGACAAAUUAUCAUCUAUGAAAGAUGAAUAUAUUAAUUUGUGCUUGAAACUGGACAGACUUCCUGAGGAAGAGGAAGAUGAUAGUGACUCUGUAGAAAUAACCAUUGAAGGUGCUAAUCCACCUGAAAGACACCAGACUGCAUCUAAUGAUUCUGAGCCAAAGGAAGAAACAGUUUCAAAACCUGAAAUACAGAAAAGCAGCCUAAAGAAAAGGCCUAGAAGGAAAACAAAAGGGAAAAGUAAAAGUGUUGCUUUUGCCUCAGCUGAUAAGGAAAAGAAAAGUAUCUCUAAACCUAGCACUAGCUUUAAGGAAGUUGAAGAACCUUCGAUGUUACUAGUUGACCCAGCUUUCCCGCUGAUUGAUUCUGUAUCACAAAAUGGCCUUAGAAGACAAGUUUUGACCAGCAAAUUAAAAGCAGUAUACUUUGACAUGCUGCCUCUUCUUGGUCUGCAUUAUAAAAAUAUUAGAGACAGUGUUAAACAAAUUGUGGAUACAUUUAGUCUCACUCCAACAAAUAUCAUUUAUAAGCCAAAAGAAUGGAAAGUAAUUGCAUUAGUGCUGUUCAGAAUAUUAACCAAGACUGUUCUGGAGGAUCUUCAUGAUGAAGAUAAGCUAUUGAAAUUAAGUGAAAACCCAAUAAUUCCAGUACGUAUAUGUAUCCAAGAAAUAGAGAAGUUAGUGACAGAUCUCAUCAGCCCUCGACAAUUACAAAGAUUACAGGGUUUGUGUGAAAAAGUUAAGUAGAGGAAAUUUUAUUGUUUAUGUUUGUAAAUAAAAUAUUUACCAGAUUUA